UUGUGAGUCCAGGACAGCAAAGUUUGCUGCUCCCCACCAGCCUUGCAGUGUUUGGGCUGAUCACCAGGAAGGCAGCAGAAAGAGACACCCAGUUCAAACUUCACCUGAAGCCUUGGUCUCCCCCUCUUCCCAAAUCAAGAAAGAGAGGGACAUUUACCCACCCUUUGGUGCACUCCAAGGGCACCCCUAUGAAGGCAACUUGCUGGAUCCUGGCAGGUUUUUACCUGCUUUUCUGCUGCAAAGCAGAAGAGGGACUGAACUUCCCCACUUACGAUGGGAAAGACCGAGUGAUCGACCUGAACGAGAAGAACUACAAGCAGGCUCUGAAGAAGUAUGACAUGCUCUGCCUGCUCUUCCAUGAGCCUGUGAGUUCUGACAAGGUCUCCCAAAAGCAGUUCCAGAUGACAGAGAUGGUCCUGGAGCUGGCAGCUCAGGUCCUGGAGCCCAGAAGCAUUGGUUUUGGGAUGGUGGACUCCAAGAAGGAUGCCAAACUUGCCAAAAGAUUAGGCUUGCUUGAAGAGGGAAGUCUCUAUGUCUUUAAGGAUGAGCGGUUGAUCGAAUUUGAUGGGGAACUGGCCACAGAUGUCUUGGUGGAAUUCCUCUUGGAUUUGCUAGAAGACCCCGUGGAGGUCAUAAACAGCAAGCUGGAGCUUCAGGCCUUUGACCAGAUCGAUGAUGAAAUCAAACUCAUCGGCUACUUUAAAGGAGAAGACUCUGAACAUUUCAAGGCAUUUGAAGAAGCUGCUGAACAAUUCCAGCCGUACAUCAAAUUCUUUGCUACUUUUGACAAAGGGGUUGCCAAGAAGCUAGGUCUGAAGAUGAAUGAGGUGGACUUCUAUGAACCAUUUAUGGAUGAGCCUGUUCACAUCCCUGAUAAGCCUUACACAGAAGAGGAGCUGGUUGAAUUUGUGAGAGAGCACAGAAGGGCCACCUUGAGGAAGCUACGCCCAGAGGACAUGUUUGAGACAUGGGAGGAUGACAUGGAGGGUAUCCACAUCGUAGCCUUUGCUGAAGAAGACGACCCAGAUGGUUUUGAGUUCCUGGAAAUUCUGAAGCAGGUUGCCAGGGACAACACCGAUAAUCCUGACCUGAGCAUUGUCUGGAUUGACCCUGAUGACUUUCCUCUGCUGAUCACUUACUGGGAGAAGACCUUCAAGAUCGACUUGUUCAGACCACAGAUCGGGGUUGUGAAUGUCACAGACGCUGACAGCAUCUGGAUGGACAUCAGAGAUGAUGAUGAUCUGCCCACAGCUGAGGAGCUGGAAGACUGGAUAGAAGAUGUGCUUUCUGGGAAGAUAAAUACUGAAGAUGAUGAUGAUGAUGACGAUGACGACGAUGAUGAUGACGAUGACGAUGAUGAUGACGAUGAUGAUGACGACGAUGAUGAUGAUGACGAUGAUGACGAUGACUAACUGUGACUCUGUGCAGUUUGACUUGAGGGGCCCGAGAGCCCUCCCCCUGCGGCAGGUCCCUCCAUCGGAAGGCCUGUGUUUGAGCAAGCACCGCUGCUCCUAUUUGCCCCCUGCCCUGCUCCCCCUGUCCCUGCCCUU